GUGUAAUUUGAGUGUCUGUUGACGAUUUCAGAGUUAAGUUUCUAUUAUGGCUGAUGGGGUUGCUGAGAGGUUUCAGCGUGCUGCUGAGCGGAUGAGACAGAAUGGGAGCCUCAAACUAUCCAAUGAGGACAAACUCGAGUUAUACAGUCUCUUCAAACAGGCUAAUGAAGGAGACUGCUGUAACCAGAGACCAGAUGGAUGGUUCGACUUCACUGGGAAAGCAAAAUGGGACUGCUGGAAUACGCUACUUGGAAUGAGUAAAAGUGAUGCAAUGACUAAAUACAUUAGUGCUGUCUCUAGACUGGAUCCGGAAUGGGAGACAUCGCCAUUAGAGUCUGAUUCCCAGAUCUCAGACAGAGGUGAUGGCUCUGUGGGUCAUGCAGUGAGCACUCUGGCUGGGUGCGACACAGAGGAGGCACUAACUGACGACAAGAAGACAAUGUUCGACUGGUGUAAGGAGGGGAACGAAAAGAAAUUACGAUCUCUACUCUCUGACACCAAUGUCAAUCAAACUGACCAAGAGGGGAUGGGUCUUCUUCAUUGGGCCUGUGACCGUGGCAACCUGAACAUGGUGAAACUACUUGUGAAGAGGGGAGCAGAUGUUAAUAUUGAGGACACAGACAAUCAGACACCUCUUCAUUAUGCUGUGUCAUGUGAUCAUCAUGCUGUCAUCUCUUAUCUACUGCAAGUGGCCAAAGCAAGAACAGACAUUGCAGAUUGUGAUGGCAACCUACCUCAAGAUGUGACUGAGAAUCAAGCAACUAGACAACUUUUUAAUUAGUUUUGUUAUUAAUUUUGCACAUUUCCCAUGCACUUAUUUGACCCCAUUUUUACAUGAUGAAAGAGAA